CCACCGGAGCUUGAAUCUCCAUCAUAGACAAUUUGGCAGGUAGGAGUAAUCCGAGUUACAGUCGUCAGGAUUCUUCUUGUCCCAGGUGCAUAUUUCGUCGUGGAUAUCCAAUUAUUUAUCGGUUUAUGUUGUUGCCUAUUUGGGUUCUUUUUAUAGGAAAAUUACGAUUGAGUAGGUGAUAAUUGAUCGAUUGUGGUUUAUACAUUUUGGGCUUCUAUGUCAGUUCAAAUUGCUUAAUGGUGGUGUUUGUUAGGUGUUUGAUUUUUUGUCUGAAAGCAACAUCUUUUAUACUUUCUGUUUGAACCAAAGUUACUUGAGCUAAGGGACGAGUAUCAAUUCAAGCUCCCACAUUUUUGACUGCUUAUUGUUGAAUGAAUAUGCGUCCCUUGUCCCUCAUGGAUGGAAGGAAAAACUUAAACCCAACAUAUAUACCCCAUGUGCUAUUCCCCUCAUCACCAAUUGGUUUUGAGGUGGAACUACAUGUGGGCCUAUAUUUGAGCCUUCAAGACUUAUGUAGAUUUCUUCAUAGAACUGCUUUGCUACUACUGAAAUCAAUCUUAUGGGGUGUGAUCUUGCUGCUUAAGAUACAGUCACCAAAUCCCGGAUCUCUGGUUCUUGCAUUUCAGCUAUCAGUAGCACGUUCUUCGUUUACAUUGCUGUUUGUGUUGGUUGCUUACUUGCUUUUUUGGUUAUCUUCAUACUGGUGUUAUCGCAAAUUAGAUAGAUGCUGGUUUUGUUGUUGAAUCAUAUUUGUUUCAUUUAAAGUCACUAAGGAUGAUUUGGCGUUCGAAUUUACAUCCUUUAAUCAGAGGAAUAGGAACCAUGCUCCGAAAAGGCAAACAAAGUGUUCCCAAAUUAAUACAGAAUGAGAAGUUUCUGGAUAUAACAAAAGAAAAUGCACUUCUUUAGUGACAUGUUUCACUUGAUUUUAACACCAGAGCCUGUUGUGUGCGGAAUCAUAGAAUAACAUUUACUUUCGCUUAAAAUUGUUUUGCUAAAAAUCAUGGAAGAAAAAAAUAUUGAAUAUAAAGUGGAGCCAAAUUGAUCUGGAUCAUUCUCUGGGGUGUAGAAAUAGUUUGUUUUCCUUUAUAUUUUUUGGUUUUUUGAUAUUCUAAGUCAAUGGGUACUUCAAAAUUUCAGACAUAUUUAACCCCCAAAAAAAAAAAUCACACAUAAAACAUCCAGACUUUAUAUUGUGGCAUUGGGUGCUUUGUAGAUUCUUUCUUUAGUUCCAUGUUUGAUUAAUCACUUGGAUAAGUCGUCAUAUCAGCUCUAUGAACUCCUGAAACAUAGGUUCCCAGGUUGCAGGUUCUAAAAGUGGUUGGAACUGUGUUUGAUUCUCAGUUACCUUCUGUUUCAUAUUCUUAGAGUUUGUAAACCGAACUGGAGCUUUGGAGCCUUAGAAUCCUUCGAAGUUUGUAGAUACAGUUGAACUUGUAUCACUAGUAGGUCUCAUUGGUCAAACUUGUAUGCUGCGAAGAUACAUUGAUUGCAGUGGAUUCAGUUACAUCUCAAUAUGAAUUUUUAGUAGAAGUACUUUGCUAAUAUUCAGUUAUUCUCACAGCCAUGACUUGCGCUUUAGGUUAUAUUAUUUGGCAUAUACUCAUGCUUGAAACAGUUAAAACAGAUAAUUCUUUGAAUCGUGCUUAUGGAAAUACUAAACCUCACUUUUUGCAGUCCACUCGAGCGAGUAGAUUUCCAAAGAAAAAACCAAGAAGAAAGUUGGAAACAUGGUGAAGCCCAAGAUUGCACCGUCGAUGUUAUCAUCAGAUUUCGCGAAUUUGGCUUCCGAGGCAGAGCGGAUGCUCAGAUACGGGGCCGACUGGCUCCACAUGGACAUCAUGGAUGGUCAUUUUGUUCCAAAUCUUACAAUCGGAGCGCCGGUCAUUGAGAGUUUGAGGAAGCAUACGAGUGCGUAUCUGGAUUGCCACCUCAUGGUCACCAAUCCUCUUGAUUAUGUUGAACCAAUGGCGAAAGCUGGUGCUUCUGGAUUUACUUUUCAUGUCGAGGCAUCCCAAGAUAAUUGGAAGGAAUUGAUUAAGAGCAUAAAAUCCAAAGGCAUGAGACCUGGUGUUGCUUUGAAGCCGAAAACACCUAUUGAACAAGUUUAUCCCCUGGUUGAGUAUGAAACACCAGUGGAAAUGGUUCUCGUAAUGACUGUUGAACCUGGAUUUGGGGGGCAAAAAUUUAUGCCAGAAACAAUGGAGAAGGUCCGUGAGUUGAGGAAAAAGUUUCCAAACCUUGAUAUAGAGGUUGAUGGUGGCUUAGGACCUUCAACAAUCGACAUGGCAGCUUCGGCAGGGGCGAAUUGCAUUGUGGCUGGAAGUUCAGUAUUUGGGGCUCCAGAGCCGGCAGAAGUGAUAUCCCUGAUGCGAAAUAGUGUGGUCCAAGCUCAAUUGGCUAGCUGA